CGACCAAAAACACAAUUAGCCUAGAUUCUUAGACGUAGUUCAUUCCGUGUGGGAGACUAUUGCUUGGCAUAUUCUUUCUGCUUUUCACCGAAGACCCAAGACCCUAUUUCUUGACUUCAUUUCUGUUUCUGAAGUUGUGAUUAAUAUCAAUUCCAACCAGAGAAUCAAGUAUUGCCAGUCUCAAGCAGCUCUAAGCGACUCAGGGUAGGAGAAGAAGACAGACUGCGACUGCAAGUGGGCUCUGAACCGUCUUCGUUUAUUUCAUUCGAGUCACUUCUGGACCAGAUUGAGGUGGAGCAAGUUGCUCACUAUCUGAUAUUUCAGUGUCAAGUAAAGUAAGCAUGUCUAAAAUUUCACAGGAUACCAUCAGAGACAUACUCACUCGACUACCUGCCAAGUCUGUCUGUCGAUUUAGGUGCGUGUCAAAGACAUGGCUCCAUCUUACCCAUGAACCCCACUUUGUUACAACCCACCUCAGCCGACACCAGAAGCAGAAACUUAUUCUCAGUUCCAAUAAGUCUCUCUUCUCCUUGGACCAAGAAGCACCUAUAGAUGACGAUAUGUUACCCUCAGAGCUUGAUUUUCCUCUCAAAGGCGAUGUCAACAAUCAGUGGAUUCAAAUGCUUGGUUCCUGUAAUGGUUUAGUCUGCAUCAUGCCUCAACCAGAAACAUUCUUUGUAUUUAAUCCUUCGACUCGGGAGUCCAUGAGAGUACCAGAUUGCCCCAUGUCAAGCCAUGCUGAUCCUCCAGAGGAAGUGGGUUAUGAUGUACAUGGUUUUGGUUAUGCUCCUUCAGUCAAGGACUACAUGUUUGUUAAGAUUUAUAAGGGCCGCAGUGUGCUCAUCUUUUCACUGAAAAACAAGUCAUGGAAAAGUAUUGAGGACUUUCCUUACAAACAUCUUUUGAAUGAUCCAGGGACGCCUCUCAACGGAGCUGUCCACUGGUUGUGCAUGGGCCUUGAUCAUCUUCCUGUAAUUGCUGCUUUAAAUUUAGCAGAAGAGAAGUUCUCAGGCUUAUCCCCACCUGAAUCUAUUGUAGAUUCUAUUAGCUAUACACCUGGUGUCUUAAGGGACUGUCUUUGUUUGCUACACCACAAUGAUCAUAACAGGCAGCGUAUAUUCUGGAUUAUGAAAGAGUAUGGUGUGAAGGAGUCAUGGACCAAGAUUUUGAUUGCGGAACCCUUUUUUUCUUUGCAGCCAUUAUGUUACUGGAAGAAUACCAAGAUAUUAGUGGCAAGAAACCGGAAGGAAAUACUUCUGUUCAAUCCGAGGGAUGGAACUUGUAAAAAUUUAUUGGCAAAUGGCCUCCAGGUUCCGUUCUAUGUGGAUGUGUAUGUGGAGAGUCUUGUUUCUCCAAACUUUCGGUUGAACUAAAUUAUCGUGUGUAGUCUUUCUUUGGUCCUUUUGGGCCUCCUUGUUACCAAAAAAAGAAAAGAGAAGAAAUUAUAGUAUGUAAUUUAGUGUAUGCUUGCCAGCUUCUAUGUAUAUGCAAUAGGCAAUUUUCGCAUUGAACUGAGCAAAGUUUAUACUUGAUGGCUAAUGAAAUUGUUACAUUGGGUGAAAUUGAAACCUCCAGUUAUUUUA